AUGGGUUUCGUUCCGGAUGUCUUUGUUGUGAUCACCAGCGACAGCAACAGCGAUCUCUAUAAGUUCGAGUCCGUGGGCGAGCAAUGCGUUCUGGUGUCGGCGAAGGGCUGCGGCAAGAUCCCCGUGAAGGUCACGGUGUCAGCCGCCGAACUGGCCGACCGCUGGUCCAUCAAACAAGCUUCGCAAGAGAUCAUCGUUCACACGGGAGACAUGAUAUCGCCGCAUGCCCACGCCGACAACACGUUGGAAUGCGCCAAGGCAAUUGCGAGGAUUGCGCUGGAGACAGCGUUUUGCCAGCACAACUUGGACGCGUUCAAUGGUGGAGGGGGAGGUUUUGAAGUGCACUUGAAAUCAAAAAAGUCAGUUGUCGUCAAGUCUGCCUAUGCAAAAGGCAAGUUGAUGCUGGUCCCUUUCUCGACUUCAAUUUCGGCCCUCUCCAAAGACGGCGGGGCUGGCUCGGUGUGCUUGGGUUGCCCCAAUGAUCCCAAUGGGAAGAUUCGCAUCUUUGUUUCGCAGCGUUGCGACUACGCAAACGAUGCGGAGAAGGCAUCGGGCUGUCAUUCCAAGGAGGUGGUGCCGUUCGUGGUGCCGUUCUGGUGCGUGAAGCCCGAGGCAGACAGUGCAUCUGCCAACAUGAGCGUCAGCCACGUUCGCAUCAAAGUCGCGACUGCGUCUGCGCUCACUGACGAUGCAGGCGUCGUCGUGGACAUCCCAGUGCUCACGAACUCGUGUAACUUGAAAUCUGGAGAUCAGUUGAAGGUGUUUGAUCAGGAACGGGCAGCAUGUAACAAGAUCCCUACCAAGAAGAGGGGCAACAGUGCCCCUGGAGGCACGACAAAGAAGUCGCGUUAG